UCAGGAGAGAUGAGCACUGUGCAGGACGUGAAUCCCAGGGUGCGUGGGAUCCGAGCCCCAGUGAACCUGCAGGGUCUAGCAGCAUGCAUCUCAGAGCAGAUUGCACAGAGUGUAAAAAAACCCUUCAAGAGUGUGAUUGAUGUCAGCUCAGGUGAUCCACACAAGGCAGGAAUGCCACCUAUCUCAUUUAUUCGCCAGGUUAUGGCAGUGUGUCUGUACCCUGAGCUCCUCAAAGAAAAAAGCCUUCCUCUGGAUGUCAGGCAAAGGGCACAGAAGCUUCUGGACAUGUGUUCUGGAGGGAGUGUGGGUUCAUACUCCACAACCUCCGGUGGUUUACCACAAGUCCAGAAAAGCAUUUCUGAAUUUAUCACAAGGCGAGAUGGUGGCGUGCCUUCUCAUCCAGAAGACAUUAUCUUAACUACUGGAUUACAGAAGAGUUUGUCGGUGUUUUUGAACCUGCUUACCAGCGGAGAGGGCAAAACUCAGACAGGUGUGCUGACCCCCAUGCCCUGUCCACAUACUCUGCCCAUGCUGCUGGACAUGACUGGGCUGGCACUGGUUCCAUACCGUCUUUUUGAAGAACAAGGCUGGGCUGUAAACCUGGAUGAGCUGCAUAGAGCUUUAGAGGCUGGAAGAGUCCACUGUGAGCCCAAAGCCAUAUACAUCAGCAACCCAGGAAAACCUACAGGUUACGUGCAAGACAGAGAAACUAUUGAGAAGGUGAUUCACUUUGCUGCUACCAAUGGCCUCAUCAUACUGGCUGAAGAGGUGCACCAGGAUAGUGUGUACGGCCAGGACAAAGAAUUUAUUUCCUACAAGAAAGUGCUGUCUGAGAUGGGUAAAAUGUAUGCUGAGACAAUGGAGCUGGUGUCUUUCCAUUCAAUUUCCACAGCCCACAUAGGAGAGGGUGGUCUGAGAGGAGGGUAUAUGGAGGUAAUCAACAUUGACCCAGCAGUGAAAAAGUACUUAACUGUCAUUUCCAGCGCUUCAGUGUUACCACAGCUGGCACUGGAACUUAGUGUUAAUCCACCUAGACCUGAAGAUUCUUCCUAUAACUCAUACACACAGGAGAUUCAUCAUAUUGAGGAUACUCUUUCCCAGAAUGCUAAACGGGCGUGUGAGUUUCUGAAUAGAGUAGAAGGGAUGAGCUGUCAGCCAUCAAUGGCAGGACUCUUUCUUUAUCCCCGGGUACACUUGCCACCUCACAUCGUAGAGGAGGCUAAGAGGCUGGAAGUGAAGGCGGAUGUGCUUUACUGUCAGAGGUUGCUGAGAGAAGAGGGUAUUUGUGUGGGGGCAGGUUGUGAGAAUGGACAGGAAGAUAAAAACUAUCACAUCAGGCUGUGUAUUUUGACUCCUCCUUCCACUCUGGAGGAGAUCUUGGCACGCCUUCGUUCUUUCCACCAUCGCCUGCUGGAAAAACUUGCCUGAUAAAAUUGUCAACAACAGAAUAAAGGAAACACCUUUUAAUAAUAAUGCUGUUGCUUCCUUUGCAGCACAAUGUAACCAAUAAUGUAGUUACUGUACAUAAAAUCAACUGUGAAUACUACUGUAUAGAUAGAGAUCUCUUUAAACCUUAAUCUGUCAUUUUAACCAGAUUAUGCACUGAUACUCUGCACCAGCAGUUUAGCCACUCUCCCUUUCACACCUUUCCCUAACAAGCAAAAGCCCCCUGACGCAGUCCCGGGAGGAACCACAGAUCUCUUGAGGGCUGUGUCAGUGGGGCAUUUGGGAUAAAAAUAAAUGUUAAAAAAAAAUCCAAAACAAAUAUGUGGCAAAUCCGUGUGAUUAAGGGAGCCCUUGAAAGCAGCCCCACCACUCUGCAGUAACUGAUUUUGGUUGAUUACACUGAAGUUAAACUGUUGGUAAUUAAAACACUAAGAUUUUUAGUGAUCA